AGUGUGAGAGAGCGAGAGGGUGAGAGAAAGAAGGAAAAGUAUUAGACGGGAGUGCGACCGUGUGUACAGCAAAUACGCUGCUGUUUGAAAAAGCCAACAACCCACUCUGUGCUGGCUGUACCAGGCUGGAAGAAGCUGUACGGAAGAAGAAGAAAGAGGAAAGAGGCUGUACGGCGACUGAACUUAAGGGACUACUGAGCAGUCAGGAACCAGAUCCUCGUUGAGAGGAUCUAUCAAGUUGUCCUAGUCUGUGUGACGCUGGGCAGCUACUGUCAGACUGCGUGGAGGACCGCAACUACCGCAACUACUAUUACUACCGCUGGGCUGUCUGGACAGGAGCUUGCACGCCCUGUCCUUCUCGCUCUCCCUCCCUCUCUCUCUCUCUCUCUCUCUCUCUCUCUCUCCCUCUGGCUGAGACACACACACGUGCACGCACACGGUGAGCGUCGGUGUGUGUGUGUGUGUGUGUGUGUGUGUGUGUGUGUGUGUGAGAGUGGUGGAGCCUGCUGUGUGUGCUGCAGACUAAAGAGUUGGGAGAAGAGCGGACCAGAGCCAGUCACUACCAUGCUAGAGCAGGGAGAAGGGCUGCUCGCUGCCCAGGCGCCCCUGCGUCUCUGCAGCCCCAUUCGCCCUCUACUGCUCCUGGGUCUGGUGCUCUGGCUCAGCGCGCUAACGGUUAACGGCAACGCAUUUGACAACAUGUUGCUGCGGGCGUCCAGCAGGGCAGAGGUGAAGAGCAGGAAGGAGGCCGAGGGCAGCUCCACCACAGCCCUGCCCUCAACCAAAAUGCUGAGGUGCUACUGUGACCACCACUGCCCCGGAGAAAUCCCCAAAAACACAUGCAGGGCAGACGGGCCCUGUUUCACCAUGGUGCAGGAAGAGUUUGGGCGCCCCGUUCUCUCUUCUGGCUGCUUGAAGCACGCCGGCUCAGAGCUCCAGUGCAGGGACACACUGAACCACCGAACGCGAACUACCAUGGAGUGCUGUACGGACCGGGACUUCUGCAACCUGGACCUGUUCCCUACCCUGCCUCCACUGAAGACGCCCAAUCACGUGGAAGGUAACGUCCACUAUGUGGCGCUGUUGGUCUCAGUCAGCGUCUGCAGCAUCAUCCUGGUCCUCCUCAUCCUAUUCUGUUACUUCAGGUUCAAGCGACAGGAGUCCCGCCCACGCAACAGCAUGGGUCUGGUGCAGGACGAGAGCUACAUCCCCUCUGGAGAGUCUCUCAAAGAUCUCAUAGAGCAGUCCCAGAGCUCCGGCUCAGGCUCAGGGCUCCCUCUAUUGGUACAGAGGACCAUCGCCAAGCAGAUCCAGAUGAUGAAGCAGAUCGGCAAGGGGCGGUACGGGGAGGUGUGGAUGGGCCGGUGGCGCGGGGAGAAGGUGGCCGUCAAGGUGUUCUUCACCACCGAGGAGGCCAGCUGGUUCAGGGAGACGGAGAUCUACCAGACGGUGCUCAUGAGACACGAGAACAUCCUGGGCUUCAUCGCGGCGGACAUCAAGGGCACGGGCUCGUGGACCCAGCUGUACCUGAUCACCGACUACCACGAGAGCGGCUCCCUGUACGACUACCUCAAGUCCACCACGCUGGACAACCGCGCCAUGCUGCGGCUGGCCUACUCCUCCGUCUCGGGCCUGUGCCACCUGCACACGGAGAUCUUCGGCACGCAGGGCAAGCCCGCCAUCGCCCACCGCGACCUGAAGAGCAAGAACAUCCUGGUGAAGCGCAACGGCACCUGCUGCAUCGCCGACCUGGGCCUGGCCGUCAAGUUCAUGAGUGACACCAACGAGGUGGACAUCCCCCCCAACACCCGGGUGGGCACCAAGCGCUACAUGCCCCCCGAGGUGCUCGAAGAGACCCUCAACCGGUACCACUUCCAGUCCUACAUCAUGGCCGACAUGUACAGCUUUGGACUCAUCCUGUGGGAGAUCGCCAGACGCUGUCUCUCUGGAGGUCUAGGCAUCCUGGAGGAAUACCAGCUGCCCUAUCACGACCUGGUGCCCACCGACCCCUCCUACGAGGACAUGAGGGAGGUGGUCUGCUUCAAGAAGCUCCGCCCCUCCUUCCCUAAUAGGUGGACCAGCGAUGAGUGUUUGCGGCAGAUGGGGAAGCUGAUGACCGAGUGCUGGGCCCACAACCCCGGCUCACGGCUCACAGCGCUACGGGUUAAGAAGACGCUCGCCAAGAUGUCCGAGUCACAGGACAUCAAGCUGUGAGGCGUUUGUGUUCACCCAACCCACAAUGGACCACGUCUGGGUUCAGACACAUCCUCCCCGCCGGCCUUCUGGACUACAAGUCCCAAGAACACGCGGGCUGCCAGAAGUACAACUGGAAUACGCGGCUAGGGAGCUGGGGACGCUUCGAAACAUCAGUAACAAAGAGAGGAUAUCACAUUUCGAGGUCCUGUACGAUUUCUGUCGGUCUAGGAAGGAGUGAAACGUAAAAAAGUAUCGUUUUAGAGACCAAUUUAAGGGACUCCAAAACCAACUACUACAAGUGUUGCCUUGGCAAAAAACGAAUUAUACAAAAAACAGAGGUCCAGUUUUAAAUGGCAAUGUAGUCCAAGAGAUUUGUAAACAGGCUACUGACCUUAACUGUGGGUGGAAAGAUACCAGUGCUUUCUGUGAAAGCUGAUUGACCCGUUGGUAAAAGGUCCUGAAUAUUUGUGUACAAAGGCUCAAUGUGUAAGUGUAGUGCGUCGUUUAAAACCCAGUCACACAACUGAUGGUUUUGUUCGUGUUUAAAGCCCAGGACUGAUUUUGUUGUUUCUCUUUCACUCACAAACCGUUUGCUUUUGAUACACUGACUGACCGUAUGUGAAGGCUACAUGUAUGUUGAGGCCUUAAAAAAAGAUUUUUGUUUGUCUGGUUAUGUCUGUUGAAAAAAGUAGAAAAAUUGUUAAAUCUUUUUCCCUAUAUAUUGUCACUUGUUAAGAUUUUAUGAGAAUAAUAAAGUUUAUAUUGCCAAAACAAUUCUGGAUGGGGGCUUUUGCGCAUUAACUUUAAUUCCUUCCGUUGUAGUCUGGUUCCCCACUAAAGACAAACACAGCGUUAACUGUAACUGAUGUUUUAGAUAAUUGGCUUCAACUAACUGUUCAUGCCUCAUAUAACAAAAGCUUAACAGAUGCUUGGGCUGGAGGCAAUACUAUAACUUAGAAACACAAGAAGAUAUUUAGAAGGAAUAUAUAUAUAUGAAGAAUAAAAUGGGCUAGACAAAGGUGGUCUGAGACUAAGGUGGUCUGGGAGUGUAAGGUGGUCUCAGACAUAGAUAUUAAGUGGGUCUCAGACGUUAAGGGAUUAUCAGACCUUAAGGUGGUCAGACCUUAAAGGCGACAAAGAAAUUUGUGCAUGAAUUAAAAAAAAAGAAGCAUACAUCAAGAUUUAUAGCAAUAACCACACAAAAACAGAUUCAUUCUUAGUAUUGCUUAUAAAUAUAAUUUAUUAAUUGUCUUAAAAAUUCUUUCUUACACUUUGUACAGAAAACAAUUAAGAGCGACAGCGAGAAGGGCAAACCGCAAGAUUGAAGCGUGCCAGAAUUAGCUAUAAUGGACCAAUACUACCCGACAUUAACAAACCAAAACACCCCUGAUAGUAGAACAAAAGGAGAAGAAUGCACUUACAAGCACAGCUUUAAAUACACGUCUAUCAUGAGAAACAAUGCCAGGUUUGCAUAGUAGACACUGCCUUUACCAAAAUAAUAACAAAAAUCCAACACAUACUGAAACCAUACAAACUAUCAACUAUAACUUGUACUGCUGUUUUUUUGUAUUACGAAAUUUGCCAAAUAUAGACGACAGCACACAACUGUACAUACUGUGUAUAGAAAAGAAAAGUUUUUUUUUUUUUUACAUCCCUUUCCACCUUUUUAGCGACUCAUGCCAGAUCUCUGUGUUGAGGCCUAGCACGCUGCAUGUCAUGAAGCCUCCGUUCACUCCCUUUAUUGACCCUCUGUGUAGAAACAAGAGCGAGAUGAAUGGGCGGGAUAUUCGGGAGAGAGAGAGCGAGAGAGAGAGAGACAUGUAUAGAGUGAAGGCGAGAGAUGUAGGGAGGGAUAGGGAGAGAAAGGAAGGUUGUGGAGACAAAAGUGUGAAACAAUUGUCAAGCUAUUUUGACCGACAUGCUCGGUUCUGAAAAAUGAAGAACAAAACAAUAACAGCUGAAUGAAUGGCAGUUCUCUCUCAAACACUUUAAUGAUUCAGCAGGGAUAACUCUACUUUGGUUGGGUAUGUCGGCUUAGCAUGAAUACAAAUAUAUUUUGAUUAAUGUAUACCCAAGGCCUAGGGCCCUAGACUGAUACAUCUGAUUUGUGUACAUCUGAAUAUGUUUCCCCUGUAUUCCUUUCAAAGCUGUCUGUUUGGUUAAAAACGAAAUGGCAAAAACAACAAAAACAAUCCAUAACCCAUAUUUCAUCGAGGAGCACUCUUGCUGUUUAGACAGUUGCGGUAUCAGGUAAACAAAAAUAAAGUUCUCAAUCUCCUACCUAUCUCACCUGACACAUUGUACUUUUAUAUUUUGCUCCCUAUCUCCUCCACAAACCAGUCAGUUUGCUUCUAUAUGGCGACUUUUGAAUAGUAGAUGCCUUCAUAACAAUGUCUACAAUGUGACACUA